AUUGGCUUCCUCUCUUGUCAGCCAACAACAAGAAUCUGAGGCUACAGUGGGCCUAGGCUCACCAAAACUGGAUAGCUGCAGUUUGGAAAAUACCGUCUGGUCUUUUUUCCAAUCUUCAACUCUCCAGUUGUACUGAUGUCUGAUGUGAACAAUGACUGAAGCUCUUGACCUGUAUCUGCAUGAUUUUAUGCAUUGUGCUGCUGCCACAUGAUUGGCUGAUCGGAUAAAGGCAUGAAUGUGCAGGGGUACGGAUGUUCCUAUUAAAGUGGCCAGUGAGUGUAGUUGCUCUAUGGUAAAAUGUGUCUCUGUUCAGUUGUCUUUUUCCGUAUUUAUCUGUGUAUCUCACUAUAAUAACGGCUGGUGUUGAAAGCAUUAUAAGGCCAUCAGUACAAUAAUCAGUGGAUUAUACUAUUACAUAGUAUUACAUAAUACUCUUAUAGAGCAUUAAACUUAAAGCAGCAUGCAUCUGAUACCCAACAAAACACAAACGUUGUGUUCUCUUCAUGCUUAAUCAUGCUUUAAGGAUACUGGCAAGACCAUAGACAGCUUUCCUGGCAUAAAGAAGGUCACAUACGGUGCAGUCAGCUGUCGUCUGCUUGUUUGUGCAACCCGCUGUUUCAGUGUGUAUGGCAAUUUGCCCAAGUGUAUCUGUCUUAGUCUGAGCUGUAUCUACGCCCUCUACGUGAGAGCAAAUCCAGUGUCCCUGCAUUCGGUGCUCAGUGUCACUGCUGUAUGUACACAGAGAGGCCUAUAAAAGUAAAAAAAUAUAUAUCUAUAUUAAAUUAUAGGUUAUUACAUAUAAUAUAUUAAAUUGUCAGGGUGUAUCUGAAAUUCAAUUAAGUACACAGGAAAAUGUAUCAAUAAACACCACAAAAGGUUAUCAUAUUUAAAAGAAUAAUUAUUAAACAGUAAUACUGAUGUCUCUAAAAUAAAUCUGCAAUCUAGUAAUCUGUCUAUAAAACGUUACAUUUGAUUUAAAGUGUCUAAAAUGGCUGUCCACCUGCAGUCUACCAUCUGCUCUGUCUUAAAUCUGAUCAAGACCCAUUUCCUACCCUGCCAGAGGUGUGAUUAGAUGGCUAAUGCCAUUACGUGCAUCUGCUGAGUAAAAUUUCUACUCAAACCCUCCACCGAGUCGACUGAAUUUUCAGCAGGUGUGUGUGUGUGUGUGUGUACUAAUAUCUACAUGUGCUUGAGAGUAACUAGGUCCUUAUUGAAAAAGAGUAUGCUGCUUUACUACGUUCCGCAGAUGGUUUCACCAAGAAGUGUAGAGAGAAAUUAUCAUGCAGAAAACACCAGGUCUGAAACUGUAGCACAGCAGCAGAUAAUGGAAAAUCAGGAUCAUCUGAUUCGGCCCAAGAAACCGUCGAACCCUGUUCUAGAGUCACCGAACCACCGAGUGCUGCACCGAGAACUUCGGGUCAGCCACAGAUGGGGCUUGCUGCCUGCUGAGAAGUGUGAGCUGCAGAGGGUGAUGGAGCAGAGGAGGCUGGAGCAGCAGAGAGAGAGAGAACAGGCUCUGAGACCCCUCACUGAUCUGGAGCAGGAACUAUGCAAGAGAAGACAGCGAUUACUCACGUAUGAACUGGAGGAACAGAAGAGACAAGAGGAUCUGCAGAACGUACCUGAAUUCGUGCGUGUGAAGGACAACCUGAGACAUGUCCGUGUGUCGUAAAUUAAUCCCAAUCAUAUGGACUUUGUUUGCAAUCGUCGUAGAUCCAAUUAAAGAAAAUUUCUUUCUUGUGAAGUUCCUUAAGCAGUUAAAAUCAGCAGAGUGUCAACUAAGGUGGAAUUUCAUUAGAAUUUUAUUAUAAUAAAAUAACAUGAUCAAAUGCACUGUGUAACAAAAACAUUUGAUAAAAUAACAUAAUGGAGGUAUAAUCUGUGGCUCAGUAGUAACAGUUGACAGUGUUAUUAGUGCAGCACAUCGACAUGAACCACUGAUGGUAAAUGGUUAUUUCAAAACUGAAAUAAAAAAUCGAUCUGACAGGCAAAAAGAAAACGUCUAAUGUACACAAUACUGCCUACUACAGUAUUUAGGGACAGAGCCAGUUGAAAUAGAUAUAACAUUAGUGAAGUCAGCACUCACUUUGUCUGUUAAAAAAAAAAAAAAACACCAUUAAUUUAGGAAAAGAGUU